AUGGAAUUGAGUCAGAAGUCAACUGAUUCUGAAUCAUUGAAAAAAUGGUAUCAGGAAUACACGAGUCUAGAUAGCCGCAUGACGACGCCUGAAUCUGACGUCAUAAUCGCGGUCCAUGCCGACGACCUGGAUCACGAUCAGAUUGAGUGCCAGGUGCAACUUCUAGUAUCGACUACACAUGUUGAUAACGGAUUCUGUACCAAAUGUCAAGACCUGCUGGACCACUGGCCAGAUCUUGGAAAGAAAGAAUGGGACCACGGUAUCGGUAGACCCGUCAACACCUUCGAGGUUGAGGCGGCAACCAGGCUGGGCUGUAAAUUCUGCGCAUACCUCUUGUCCCGUCUCACAAAAGAGGGACUCAUUGAUGUGUUUCGCAAAAUCGAGACUCGACUUCGGCUUCUAAGUAGCAACGAAUGCGCAUCACUGUCCAUACAGAACUGGGGCAAUACGAGAAACCCACUGCUACUGUGGCUCAAUUGGCCUGGAAAAGUGACAAAGGACUGCAACAUGCCCGGAGUAGUUGCAAAAUUCCAGUCGCAUUACCUGGGCCCUUCAGACAACUUGUGGCAACGGCAGGUUGAGCCCUUGAGUCUUGCAAAAUUAUGGCUGGACGAUUGCUUGCAAUCCCACGAGCAAUGUCGCAAUAAAAAACAUUACGCUAUGCCUACGAGACUACUCUCAAUUGGCAACAGCACAACUAAGCUGGUAGAAACCGCAGCUCUGCAAACAGCCCCUCGAUAUGCCACUUUGAGUUACCGCUGGGGCGAUCAGCAGUUUACCACACUCACAUCAGACAACUACGACUUGUUCCUACGUGGUAUUGCAAACGAGAACUUACCUCAAACCUUUCAGGAUGCCAUACAUAUCGCGCGGCGGUUGGGCCUAGAUUUUAUCUGGAUCGACGCACUCUGCAUCAUUCAAAAGCAAAGCGACAGCCAUGACUGGCUUAGGGAGAGUGGACGCAUGCGAUCCGUCUACGGCGGUGCCUGCAUCGGCCUCGCCGCUUCCACUGCGACCAACGUUCACCAAGGCUGUCUUACCACGCAAGCGCACUACUCUGGCGGGUUCUGUGCGCGUGUCACAACAAGUGAACUCUGUCGUGUACAGAAUUUCCAUUGUCAAGCGGUCUAUGAAGAAUCCUCCAUGGAUACCCAUUUGGCACACAGAGCAUGGGCAUUUCAGGAGAAACUUCUACCGGCGCGCACGAUUCGAUUCGGCACAAACGGUCUGUUCUGGGAAUGUCGGACAAUGAUCAGAUCCGAAUUCCAACCUGACGGGUUCCCUGGCAAGCUCGGCUCACACAUGGUGUGUCCAGAAGAUAAGGCGUGGUACUGGCCUGACGUUAUCCGGUACUAUUCCGCCGCCAGAUUGACUUGGGAUUCUGACCGGCUGCCUGCACUAUCCGGCAUUGCGAGUCGACAGUAUGAGGUCACGUCCGACGACUAUCUCGCGGGAUUGUGGAGGAAACAGCUUAUCAUGCAACUUUGCUGGGAAAUAUGGCUUCCGGAAGAUAGAUAUGAUCGUCCAGACCUGGGCAUACCCACUUGGUCGUGGGCGUCUGUCAAGGGCCAAACCUGGUACUGGACAUGGGACGACAGCCCGAAAACUGUACAACAACACGCCUUCGUCGUCGAUGCGCAGAUAACACUUGCAACUCCCGACCCGUUCGGUGCGGUCACUGGUGGUGAAGUGUCUAUUAAAUGCUCUGGCCUAGUCCAUGGACGCCUUGAGAGAGCUUCCAAACCUGUGCGAGGAAACUCAAGGGGGACGACCACCGAGACUGUGCGUGUCGAGGGGAUAGAAUGCACAUUCCCAGUUGUCUUGGACUGCCUGGACGACGUCUCCGUGUCGAACGGCGACCCUGUCUAUUUACUUGUCGUCAUGCAAGGCGAGACGGGGAGCUGCUAUGGGUUUCCGAAACCAGAAUAUCGCAAUAAGCCGCAACUCGAAUGGGAAGAAUCAUUGUCUGCUGAGGAGUUCGACAAUACAUACGAAUACUGGCCGGAGUUGACGUUCUGCGGUAUUGUAUUGGCCAAACGUGAUGAAGGUUUCUUUCGCCGGGUCGGGGCAUUCAACUUCAGGCACCAGCCCGAAAUAGAGGACUCAGCAGACUCGUGUGAACAAAAUCUCUGUUUUUAUCAUGAAUUUGUGCCGGUCCUGGACAGGAUGGGCGCUUCCACAGCAGAUUCUGUACACACCGAGGUCUCUUCGAAUCCUCAGCAUACGGAAUCGCCGUAUCUAAUUACGAUUGAAUGA